AUGGCUAUUCUCGUACUGGGGUCUACAUUCGGCAUCCUCUACCUCAUUUUCAUCCUCGCAUCCAUUUUGCACGGUGUGUCUUGCCUGCAAGCUUUCCUCUACUUCAACUCCGCACGAUCCGUGAACGAUCACUGGGCUUUCAAAGUUCUAGUGGUAUGGAUGCUGUUCCUGGAUACGCUACAUGAAGCGUCUCUGAUUCAUGCAGUCUAUUACUAUCUCGUGGAGAAUUGGGGUGUUCCGGACAGUCUGGGGUGUGCUGUGUGGUAUCCAUAUACGUUAAUACCGUGGCCACGUGCACCACACAAUGUUUCUGGAUGUGGAGGUUAUACAUACCUAAUAAUUCAUUUUCCCAAAGUGAGCGGGGGAAAUCGCGUUCUUUGCGGAACGAUAAGCCGACUAGGCGCUGUUCUCAAUGUUGAAUCUCGCUCUGCUUCUCACUCUCGCAUGCUGACUGGGAAUCUAGCGUGGUCGACUUUAGGCUGCUCACUCGCGGCAGAUACACUUUGUGCUGGUUCUUUGGUGUACUACUUAUACAAAGGAAGGAGAGGACUUGACGGGACAAGCACUGAGAGCCUCGUGAACAAGUUGAUCCUUUAUGUGGUCACGACGGGUCUUCUACCAGAUGCAAUUGUAACGAUCGACUUGAUUGGCUACGUCGCCGCUCCGCGGACACUUUGGUUUGUCGGGAUCUCUACUUUGACCACUACAACGUGCUGUAAUUCGCUCCUAUCCAUGCUCAACGUGCGAGACUACCUUCUGAGAGAAUCGAGCGACGGUCUGGGAAGACGAGGACCCGGAGUCCAAACGGUCUCUUUGUCCCAUAUCCGCUUCCGCCAGAGCACCGCGGGACGUGAUCCGGAGUCUCAGAGGGAAGAGAAUGAAAGUGCUCGUGAUGUCGAUAUCGAAAGCAGUAAGCAUGAGGUCCCGACAUCGGUGCACGUACUUCACGUCUAA